AUGUCAAGCCAACAGAACGGAGCAGGUGCCGGGUCGCAUUCCGAAGCCGACCUUGCGCAGGCGUUCAGGGAACUGCAGCGAGGCGAACAGACAGCCGCCGCCCUGGAGACGCACCUGGAUUCGAUCGAGAAGAAGAUUGAGGCUCUGCUCGCGCAAGCAGAGAAGGCCGAGCAGGAGAUGAAGGAUGGCGCGGCGACCAGCGAGCAGUCGUCCAAAACAGAUGGGAAAGACUCGUGA